ACAACAAGCUCGACGGAACAACUGACUAGAACUAGUACGUAGAAAUCCAACACUCGGGACGAAAUUAAAAGAGACGAGACGACGCAUCAUCCGGCAUGGCGGCGCAGGAGGGCGGCAUGAGGCUGGUGUCGCACCCGAUCGCGGCGCACGACGGGCGGCUGCCGCGGCAGUACACGGCGGAGGGGCAGGGCGCCAAGAAGGACAUGUCGCCGCCGCUGGAAUGGUACGGCGUGCCCGAGGGCGCGCGGUCGCUGGCGCUGCUGGUGCAGGACAUCGACGCCGACCCCAUCGUGCCGUGGACGCACUGGGUGGUGGCCAACAUCCCGCCCGCCACCAGGGGCCUCCCCGAGGGGUUCUCCGGCGCCGCGGGGGCGGGGCCGGGGCGCGACCAGCUCGGCGGACUGCAGGAGGGGGUCAACGACUGGAAGCAGCCCGGCUGGCGCGGGCCCGUGCCGCCCUCCCACGGCCACCGCAUCCAGUUCAAGCUCUACGCGCUCGACGACGAGGUGCACCUCGGCAACAAGGUGACCAGGGAUAAGCUCAUGGAGGCGAUCGACGGGCACGUGCUGGAAGAAGCCGAGCUGAUCGCCGUGUUCCAGGGAGUCGUCGCCAACAACUAACACACACACUCAGAGAUAUCUUUGUUGGCGUGCUUUGUAUUUGCUUGUGUGGCUACCAUGUAAUUUUGAUCGAAUAAAAGGGAACUUCACA